CUUUCUCAACCAGUUAGUUGGCCUGGGUGGCACACCGGUCAUCGAUUCUCUUAUUAAUUCGUCAACAAAAGCUUAUGGAAUAAUGGACGUGGAGAGUUUUCGUGAAUUCGGCAAAGCGGCCGUUGAUUAUCUAGCGGACUAUCUGGAGAAUAUCAGAGAUCGCCAAGUUUUGCCAAAUGUGGAGCCGGGUUAUAUGCGCAAAUUGCUCCCUGAAGAGGCGCCCGAGGAGCCCGAGCGCUGGCAAGAUGUGCUAAAGGAUAUGGACAGAGCAAUCAUGCCUGGGCUAACACAUUGGCAUUCGCCACACUUCCACGCUUUUUACCCAACCGCCAACAGCUACCCUGGUAUCGUUGGCGAGCUCCUGAGUGCUGGUCUAGGUACGAUCGGCUUCACCUGGAUGUCCUCGCCGGCGAGCACCGAACUUGAGGUCAUCACCCUUGACUGGUUGGGCAAGAUGGUCGGACUGCCUCCAGAGUUUCUUUCGUGCUCUCCUGGCCACGGCGGUGGUGUUAUCCAGGGUUCGGCAAGUGAAGCAACUUUGUUGUGUUUGUUGGUGGCGCGCGAGAGAUAUGUGCAGCGCCUGCAAGAGAAAAACCCAAAUCUCUCCGAGGAAGCGUUGAGAAUGACCAAGGCCAAGCUAAUCGCGUACACAUCGAACCAAUCUAACAGUUCGGUGGAAAAGGCUGGAAUUUUGGGCGCUGUCCCGAUGCGUCUGGUUCCGUGCGACGAAAAGUUCCAAAUGAAAGGUCAAGCUCUCAGAGAGGCCAUUGAAACUGACGUGAAAAACGGUCUCAUCCCCUGCAUCGUCAUUUCAACUUUGGGCACUACGCCGACCUGCGCCAACGAUCCUCUAGAGGAAAUUUCCACUGUCUGCAAAGAGUUUGGUGUCUGGCAUCACGUAGACGCAGCUUACUCAGGUGCCGCUUUGAUUUGCCCAGAGUACAGAUACAUUUGCAAAGGAAUCGAAAACACAGACUCGUUCAACUUCAACCCACACAAGUGGAUGCUCGUUAACUUUGAUUGUUCAGCAUUAUGGGUCAAGGACUCGCGCGAGUUGGUCUCGGCCAUGAGCGUUGACAGGGCCUAUUUGGCGCACACCAAACAAGAUUCAGGAAUGCCCGAUUACAGGAACUGGCAAAUUCCUCUUGGAAGGAGAUUCCGCGCUUUGAAGUUGUGGUUUGUCUUGCGCAUUUAUGGAGUGAGAAAAUUGCAAGAAUUCAUCCGACAGCAAUGCCAGUUGGCGAUCGACUUUGAGCAGCUUUUAAAAAGUGAUGAUCGAUUUGAGAUUUUCACCCCUGCUCACAUGGGACUCGUUACUUUCCGAUUGAAGGGUCCGAACGAAAACACCAAAAAGCUGAUGGCUAAUUUGCAAAGCGGCAAGAAAAUUUACGUGGUUGGAGCGCAGCUUGACGGAAAAGAGAUGAUAAGAUUUGCGAUUUGCAGUAGAUUCACAGAAUCUUCUGACAUUCAGUUUGCUUGGCAGGAAAUUUUGCGUCAGACAGAAAAAGUAUUUGCUCUGCCGAGUAAAAAGCAGGAAAUAACGAGAGGCCAAAAAUAGGCUUUCUUUUGAUUAAUAUUCACUAUGUCAAGAAUAUCAAAAUAAAAAUGCGCCUUUUUGAAGUUAA